AUGGAUACCAUUGCAGCGACCGAGUCACAGUGGCUGUCGCAACUGGCGGCCAUGCGCCAGGCCAUCGCCGAUCUCAAGCUCCCGCAAGAGAUCAACCAAGAACCGAUCGGCUACGGAAGUGACCUUGAGUUGGACAUUGACGAUGAUUAUUCAUCCCCCGGAACAGUUGAUGAUGUCUGGGAUAUCAUCAGCUCGGACGACGAGACCUCAGACGAUUUAGACGAGCUCGAUGGAUUCGAUGGAUUUCACCCCACCUCGGAAUCAUCAUACAAUCGAUCAUGGUUGGAGAACAAGUGCCAGGACAUUGCUAUCCGUAACUCGAGUAUGAGCGCUUCGGAACUUGCUCAGCAGCUCAUCGCCACCCUUGCCGCCGACAGCAACGACGAAGAGCUUCAAAUGUCCUUAGCUGAGAUUGUUGGUUUCGAUGACCUCGAUCUAGUUAUCGAUCUGAUCGCACACAGAGAGGAGGUACUGUCUGACAAGGGUCAGCGUUUGGAAAACCAAACGGACGGACUUAUGGCCGGUCGUCUGCAUACUCGAGCGGAAAGGGAGCAUGCACUUCAGCUGCGCGACUUUGAACAUAAAAAUGCUAUGUUGAUGCCGGCACAGAACCGCACGGAACCCUCCUACCCACAUGUGUUCAAGCGAAGCUCGGGUGGACAUACACUUUCUGCGAACGGCAAGAAAUACGGAUUGCCUGUUGGCAGCACGCAGAUUGAAGAAACGCACUACACCGAGUUCGAGAUUCCGGCCGCAAAGGUUGGGACCUUGGGAACAGGUCAAAGGCUAGUACAAAUCUCUGAAAUGGAUGGUCUUUGUCAAGGUACUUUCAAGGGCUACAAAACUCUCAACCGUAUGCAGAGUUUGCUUUAUGAUGUAGCGUACAAGACCAGCGAAAACAUGCUUAUCUGCGCACCCACUGGUGCCGGUAAGACUGACGCGGCCAUGUUGACUGUUCUCAACGCCAUAGGAAAGAACACGUCCCCCAACCCGCUGGAGGUACCUGAUGCAACCGAAUUUACCGUUCAGGUAGACGAUUUCAAAAUUGUCUAUGUUGCGCCCAUGAAAGCCCUGGCAGCCGAGGUGACCGAUAAAUUAGGAAAGCGGUUGGCCUGGCUGGGAAUCAAGGUCCGCGAACUCACAGGUGAUAUGCAAUUGACCAAGCGUGAGAUUGUCGACACCCAGAUUAUCGUGACUACCCCUGAGAAAUGGGAUGUCGUGACGCGGAAAAGCACAGGAGACACAGAGCUUGUCCAGAAGGUCCGCCUCCUCAUCAUUGAUGAAGUCCACAUGCUGCACGACGAGCGAGGUGCAGUUAUCGAAUCGUUGGUCGCACGUACCCAGCGUCAGGUUGAAAGCACUCAAUCCUUGAUUCGUAUCGUUGGUCUUUCUGCCACACUGCCCAACUAUAUUGAUGUGGCCGAUUUUUUGAAAGUCAACAAAAUGGCUGGCAUGUUCUUUUUCGACCAGUCUUUCCGACCAGUACCUCUAGAGCAACAUUUCAUUGGUGUUAAAGGAAAGCCUGGCUCCAAGCAGUCUCGUGAAAAUAUCGAUACUGUCACGUUUGAAAAGGUUCGCGCCAUGAGGGAAAGGGGCCACCAGGUCAUGGUGUUCGUUCACUCAAGGAAGGAUACCGUCAUGACAGCUAGAAUGCUGAUGCAAAUGGCCGCUGAGGAUGGUUGUGACAAUCUGUUCAGCUCCCAUGAGCAUGAAGACUAUACCUCGGGUCUUCGCGACAUGAAACAUGCACGCGCUAAAGAACUACGAGAGCUCUUCGCGGGCGGAUUUGGUACGCAUCAUGCUGGAAUGGCUCGCAGCGAUCGCAACUUGAUGGAGCGAAUGUUUUCAGAAGGCCUGAUCAACGUUCUUUGCUGCACUGCCACCUUGGCGUGGGGUGUCAACCUUCCCGCGGCAGCUGUUGUCAUCAAAGGUACUCAGCUAUACAACCCACAGGAGGGAAAAUUCAUUGACUUGAGCAUUCUCGAUGUGAUGCAAAUUUUCGGUCGUGCGGGUCGUCCACAAUUCCAAGACACUGGUAUUGGAUUCAUCUGCACCACUCAUGACAAGCUGAACCAUUAUCUCUCCGCUGUCACUGCGCAGCAGCCCAUUGAGUCGCGUUUCUCUGCCAGGCUUGUUGACAACCUGAAUGCUGAAAUUGCACUUGGAACAGUGACUUCGGUCCCAGAGGCCGUGCAGUGGCUGGGCUAUUCGUAUCUCUUUGUGCGCAUGAAGCGCGAGCCGAGAAACUAUGGAAUUGAGUUCGCUGAAUUGCGGGAUGACCCCAUGUUGGUCCAGAGACGCCGGCAAUUGAUCAUACAAGCUGCCCGUGUUUUGCAGAAGAGCCAGAUGAUCAUUUUCAAUGACAAGACGGAAGAUCUCAAGGCCAAAGACGUCGGUCGCAUUGCCAGUCAGUACUACGUUUUACAGACCAGUGUUGAGAUCUUCAAUGACAUGAUGCGUCCGCGAUCCGGCGAGGCAGAUGUGUUGAAGAUGAUCAGUAUGAGUGGAGAAUUCGACAACAUACAGUCCCGGGACAGCGAGUCUAAAGAGUUACAGCGGCUCCGCGAUGAGGUCGCUCAGACCGAGGUUGCUGGAGGAAACGAUACAGCGCAUGCCAAGACCAAUCUUCUGCUCCAGUCCUAUAUCUCGCGUGCCAGAAUCGAGGACUUUGCCUUGGCAUCAGACAUGGGGUAUGUCGCGCAGAACUCCGCGCGUAUUUGUCGAGCUCUCUUCAUGAUUGCCUUGAACCGCCGCUGGGGCUAUCAAUGCCAAGUUCUACUGUCUCUAUGCAAGUCAAUUGAGAAACAAAUCUGGCCCUUCGAUCACCCAUUCCGCCAAUUUGAUCUACCGCAGCCGGUUCUGAAAAACCUCGAUGAAAAGCUUCCAAGUACUUCCAUCGAAUCUAUGAGGGAAAUGGAACCUGCAGAGAUUGGCCAGCUUGUGCACAACCACCGCAUGGGCAACACACUCUCCAAGCUCCUGGACAACUUCCCAACUCUCAGCGUUGAGACCGAGAUCGCCCCGCUUAAUCGCGAUGUUCUUCGCAUUCGCUUAUCGAUCUACCCGGAGUUCACUUGGAAUGAUCGUCACCAUGGCACAUCUGAAUCAUUCUGGGUUUGGGUCGAGAAUUCCGAGACAUCUGAGAUCUACCACCAUGAGUACUUCAUUCUGAGCCGCAAGAAGCUCUACAACGACCACGAGCUCAACUUCACCAUUCCGCUGUCUGAUCCUCUCCCUAGUCAGAUCUACAUUCGUGUGAUCUCGGAUCGUUGGUUGGGCGCUGAGACUGUUAGUCCCGUCUCUUUCCAGCAUCUGAUCCGUCCAGACACCGAAAGCGUCUACACAGACCUUCUCAACCUACAACCGUUGCCGAUCUCGGCUCUCAAAAACCCGAUCCUAGAAGAGGUGUAUGGACAGCGCUUCCAGUUCUUCAACCCUAUGCAAACUCAGAUUUUCCAUCUACUUUACCACACGCCUGCCAAUGUGCUCUUGGGAUCCCCCACUGGUAGUGGUAAGACCGUUGCCGCUGAGCUGGCAAUGUGGUGGGCUUUCCGCGAGAGACCUGGCUCCAAGGUUGUCUACAUUGCUCCGAUGAAGGCUCUGGUGCGCGAGCGUGUCCAGGAUUGGCGCAAACGCCUCACUCAGCAAAUGGGUCUGAAGCUUGUCGAGUUGACUGGUGAUAACACACCUGACACGCGCACUAUUCGAGAUGCGGAUAUCAUUAUCACUACCCCUGAGAAAUGGGAUGGUAUCUCGCGUAGUUGGCAAACCCGUGACUAUGUCAGAAAAGUCAGCCUGGUGAUAAUUGACGAGAUUCACUUGCUCGGCGGUGAUCGUGGUCCCAUUUUGGAGAUCAUUGUCUCUCGAAUGAACUAUAUCGCUUCUCAGUCCAAGGGAUCUGUCCGUUUGAUGGGCAUGUCCACUGCUUGUGCCAAUGCUUCCGAUUUGGCCAAUUGGCUUGGUGUCAAGGAAGGUCUGUACAACUUCCGGCAUUCGGUCCGUCCGGUUCCCCUCGAGAUCUUCAUCGAUGGGUUCCCUGAGCAGCGCGGUUUCUGUCCUCUUAUGCAGUCGAUGAACCGUCCAACCUUCCUCGCCAUUAAAAAUCAUUCUCCGGAGAAACCGGUUAUUGUCUUCGUCGCCUCUCGUCGACAGACCCGUCUUACUGCCAAGGAUUUGAUCAAUUAUUGUGGUAUGGAAGACAACCCUCGUCGGUUCGUACGUAUGUCCGAGGAGGACCUGGAGCUCAACCUUGCUCGCGUCAAGGAUGAUGCAUUGAGGGAAGCUCUCAACUUCGGUAUCGGUCUCCAUCAUGCUGGUUUGGUCGAAUCCGAUCGCCAACUUGCAGAGGAACUCUUUGCCAACAACAAAAUUCAAAUUCUUGUUGCUACGAGUACCCUCGCGUGGGGUGUUAACCUUCCAGCUCAUCUUGUGGUGGUCAAGGGAACCCAGUUCUUCGAUGCCAAGAUCGAGGGUUAUCGCGACAUGGACUUGACCGAUGUUCUUCAAAUGCUCGGCCGUGCCGGUCGUCCACAAUUCGAUACAUCUGGUAUCGCUCGUAUUUUCACUCAGGACUCUAAGAAGGCUUUCUACAAGCACUUCCUCCACACUGGUUUCCCAGUCGAGUCGACUUUGCACAAGGUUCUGGACAACCAUCUUGGCGCUGAAGUUUCUGCUGGAACCAUCGGUACGCAACAGGAUGCGCUGGAUUACUUGACUUGGACAUUCUUCUUCCGCCGACUGCACAAGAACCCGUCGUACUAUGGCUUGGAGAUCUCUGCCGAGGAACAAAACACCAUGGCAGCUCAAACUAUAGCUCAGGACUUUAUGGUCGACUUGGUUGGAAAGUCUCUCAAUGACUUGGCGGAGUCUUCUUGUGUUCUUGUCGACUCUGCGACCGGAGAGGUGGAUCCCACUCCCUUCGGCAAGAUCAUGAGUUAUUACUACCUGUCUCACAAGACGAUUAGGUACCUCGUGUCCCACGCUAAGCGCGACCCGACCUUCCAGGAUGUGCUGAGCUGGAUGUGCUCUGCCACCGAAUUUGACGAACUUCCUGUCCGACACAAUGAGGACCUCAUUAAUGCCGAACUGGCACAGAACUUGCCCCUUUCCAUUGAUUGCAUGGGCGAUCUGCCGCUGUGGGACCCACACACCAAGGCCUUCCUUCUGCUACAGGCGUACAUGUCGCGCAUCGAUCUACCUAUUACUGAUUAUGUAGGAGAUCAGACCUCUGUCCUUGAUCAAGGAAUCCGUAUUAUCCAGGCAUCCAUCGAUGUCAUGGCUGAGCUCGGCUACCUGGCUGCCUGCCAAAUGCUGAUGACGCUGCUUCAAUGUAUCAAAUCUGCGCGCUGGCCCGAGGAUCACCCUCUGUCUAUCCUACCGGGUGUGCCAACCGAGAAGCCACCCAGUGGUCUGCCUGGUACUCUUGUAUCACUCUCCUCGCAAUCCACUGGUGCUGUUGCUGCUCUGGUCAAGAGGCUCUCGCUACCGUUCAACUUUACCCGCGCUUCUUCCCAGCUGCCUCAGCUUUCUGUCUCUGUCGCAACUGUUUCUGCCAAGGGUGUGACCGUGUCCUUGACACGGCGCAACCAGCCCACAAACCCCGAGUUCAGGAUCUACGCUCCUCGUUUCCCUAAGCCCCAAACUGAGGGCUUCUUUUUGAUCAUCUGCAGUGCAUUGCCCAAUGGCGCGGACGGUGAACUUUUGGGUCUCAAGCGUGUCUCGUGGCCAUCAGUGGCUAGGCGCAAUGGCAACAGCAAGGGUAACACUGCCGGCUCUAGUCGCGGAGGGUCUAGUGACAAGGGUGACCAGCUGUCUGUUCGUUCAUCGGUCAAAUUCCCCGAAGGAAUUCUGGCUGAGUCGUCAUCCGUGAACACUGCCGGUACGGCCCGGGUGAACAUCAGGAUCAUCAGUGACUCUUACGUUGGAAUGGCAUGGUCUAUCACCAAUGUGGAAGUGGAUUUGGGAACCGGCAUCGAGACCCAGACCGUGGCCGAGUCCAGCGUUCCUCAGAAGGCAUAA